AUGGCGAAAAAUGAACGAUCAAUCUCAAAUAGAAUAUGUCUACUAUGUGAAAUACCAUUUGAUACAGGAGGUAUUCAUCGACCUGUGACUGAUGCUUGUGGACAUACAAUAUGUUUUCAAUGUUUUAAAACAACUAUGUUGAAAGCAACUGGAUGUAGUUUAUGUCAAAAAGAAGAAGAACUUAAUUCACAGUUGUCAGAUCAAUAUUGUGAUUCAGUAAAAACAUUUGAUGAUAAGUGUAAUGAUAGUGAUACUGGUUUUGAAACAGAUAAUCAUGUAUCAUCAAUUGAUGAUGAUGAUGAUGAUGAAAAGUGUCAUAAAGUAGUAUGGAUAUCAGCUGAUGUUCAUGAUAAUGGACCAGAAUAUCGUUAG